GCCUGCGGAGGCAGCUGUUGUCAUGCGCCCUCCCGCGUGGCGAUUCUGCACCCCCACCUUCGUGAACCAAGGAAUCCACCCUCCCGGCCUCCCCCUCGGCCGCUGCAUUGUGGGAGAGGCACGUUGCGGCGCCAUGGCGGCUGGCGGCAGGAGAAAACUGGCAGAGCUGAGCGUUGAUGAAUUUUUAACUUCCGGAUUUGAGUCAGAAGUUGAUGGUGACUCAGAAGAGGAGACCUCAGAGCUUGUGGAAGAGCCUGCUAAUCGGAAACAAAGCCAGAAUGGCCUGGCAGGAGGAAAGAAGAAGGAGCCACUCAAAGUUAAAACUGCAGAAAAGAACGUGAAGAAAGGAAAGGCAACUGAGCACAAAGACCAGCUCUCGCGGCUGAAGGAACGUGAUCCUGAAUUUUACAAGUUCUUGCAAGAAAAUGACCGCUCCCUGCUGAACUUUGAUGACUCAGACGACUCUGACGAGGAGGAGAAGGGGCUGCACACUCUGCCUGAAACGCUCGAGGAAGCAAGUGACGAGGAGGAGGAGGAGGAGGAAACGGUCAAGCGGAAGAAAGCUGACUUUAUCACCGUGACCUUGAAGAUGGUGGAACAAUGGAAACAGGCUGCAAAGAAGCAACUAACACCGAGGCUCUUCCAUGAGAUCACUCAGGCCUUUAAAGCAUCUGUGGCAACUACCAAAGGAGAUGACGGUGGGGCCGACCCCAGCAAAUUCAAAGUCACCGACAGUGCCGUAUUUAAUGCCCUGGUGUCCUUCUGCAUUCGGGAUCUCUUUGGCUGCCUGCAGAAACUGCUUCAGGUGAAGAUGCUGAAAGACAAAUCAAAGAUGGUGCUGCCCUCUACCAGCCCACUCUGGGGCAAGCUGAGGCUGGAUGUCAAGAUGUACCUGAGCUGCACCAUCCAGCUCCUGUCUUGUUUAACAGAAGCUUCUGUCGGAGCUGCUGUCCUUCACCACGUCAACGCCAUUGUCCCUUAUUUCUUGUCGUUCCCAAAGCAGUGCCGCAUGCUGCUCAAGCAAGCCAUCCGUCUGUGGAGCACGGGCGAAGAAACAGUGAGAGUGCUGGCCUUCCUGGUACUGAACAAGAUUUGCCGCCAUAAAAAGGAGCUGUACCUGAACCCCGUGCUCAAGCAAAUGUACAUCUCCUACGUGAAGAACUCCAGGUUCACCUCCCCCAACGUCCUCCCCAUGAUCAACUUCAUGCAGCGCACCCUGACGGAGAUGUACGCCCUGGACACGCAGGUGUCCUACCAGCACGCCUUCAUCUACGUUCGCCAGCUUGCCAUUCACCUGCGUAGCGCCAUGACUGUGAAGAAGAAGGAGAACUACCAGUCUGUUUACAACUGGCAGUACAUCCACUGCCUGUUCUUCUGGUGUCGGGUCCUGAGCACCAUCUACCCCAGCGAGAUCAUGGCGCCGUUAAUUUACCCUCUGACCCAGGUCAUCAUUGGCUGCAUUAAGUUGGUGCCCACGGCUCGUUUCUACCCCCUGCGGAUGCAUUGCAUCAGGGCCCUCACGCUGCUCUCCGAGAACACCCGGACCUUCAUGCCGGUUCUGCCAUUCAUCCUGGAGAUUUUCCAGCAAGUGGAUUUCAAUAAGAAGCCAGGCCGCAUGAGUGCCAAGCCCAUUAACUUUGCAGUCAUCUUGAAGCUGUCCAAUGCUAACCUGCAGGAGAAGGCAUUCCGGGAUGGCCUCAUUGAGCAGCUGUAUGACCUGACGCUCGAAUAUCUCCAUGGCCAAGCCCACAGCAUCGGAUUCCCAGAGCUGACCCUGCCGAUUGUCAUUCAACUCAAAUCUUUCCUGAAGGAAUGCAAGAUCGCCAACUACUGCAAAGCGAUCCGGCAGCUCCUGGAGAAGUUGCAGGAAAAUUCUGCCUACAUUGCCAGUCGGCGUCAGAAAGCCACCUUCGGUGUGGCCAACAGGGAGGCUGUGGAACAAUGGGAGAAGCAGGUCAAGGAGGAGGGGACGCCUCUGACCAAGUAUUACGCUCAGUGGAAGAAGCUGCGGGAGAAAGAGAUCCAGCUGGAAAUCAGCGGCAAGGAAAGGCUCGAUGACUUGAACCUCCCGGAGAUCAAACGGAAGCGGCCGGAGGACAGGAAGGAGGACGACAAGAAAGAAUUCAAGGAUCUCUUUGAGCUGGACAGCGACUCUGACGGGGAGAGCGGUGGAUUCUCUGUGCAAGGAAAAUCAAAGGCCAAGAAAGCGCAGGGAUCCGCGGGGAGCCCAGCUGGGUCGUUGGACAUGAGUGAGGAUGACGACGAAGAGGGCGCGUAUGGAAUCGAGGAGGAAGAGGAAGCAAGCGACUCAGAGGGGGGAGCUGAGGAGGGGCCCUCCACCUCGGAGGGGACCCAGAAGCAGCUGGCCUAUGCCGGGCGGCUGUCCUCGGCCGACCUUGAGCUGCUGGCCCAAGGGGAGGAGGACAUCGUGGAGGACCUUGAUGACAGUUACUUUGACGACCUAGCCGGUGACUAAAGACUCUGCAAAUGCUCUGCACCUAGGAGGGCGAGCUUGUGCCCUUGCUGACAAUCAAAGCUGGUCGUGAUGCAAAGUAGGCCAAGGGAAAGCCUCAAGUGAUCCCAAAGGAGGAGGUAGGAGCCCCAUGAGAUGGGCAGCCCUAGCGGGGCAGAAUUUCUCCUGGAUGCAGCAGAGAUGCUGCCUGGACCUUUUCCACCAGAGUUACGUUUGUGGGAACGCAGUGAAAUGUGUGGUCACAUCAGGACCAGUCCAACUGCUCAGCAAAGGUAAUAAAAAGCCCUCAUUAAACUCCAGUGCCUUAAAUAACGCAGGGUUCAGUCCCGGGAGGGACAGGUUCCUCUGCUCAUGCGGCCAUUCGCCAGUGGGCUGGGCACUCUGCCAGGCUGGUCACGGGGUGCUUAUCAGGUGGGUCUUUGUAGCUGCCCGGUCUUUGGAAACUUUUCCCACCGUCAUUAAAAGCAGCUCAGAGGUGUGUCCGCGCACACGAGCUGUGGGGGUGAACAGGGAUGAUCACGCUGACUUGGCAGACGAAGGAAAUGGAAGGGCCUGCCCCGGUCGGCGGGUCCGUGUGCCCCAGUGGAACGCGUCCUCUCAGGGGCGGGCUGCUACGCCCCCUGAGCCCCCUUUGCUCGUCUGCAUCCAGAGGUGCUGCUGGCCAGGCCCCACCGAAGACAGGCUGGCAGAGCUAGCGUUGCUGGUGUGCUGCUUACCUCGGUGCCGAGAAGGGUUUUCAUGUUGUCCCUCCGGCACAAGGUCUCAGUGAGCAAACUGGGCUGGCUCUCACACCAACCACCUUGCUGUUAACCAGUUCCAGGCUCUCCGGUGCAUCCUUCAGCUCACCCCCACGGGGGGAAGGACUUUAGCCUGCAGAGCUGCCUUUGCCAGGGAGGAGAUGCCAGCUUGAAUCCCAGACCCCAUGUUUAGUUUGCAGGGCUGGCAGCUGCAGCAGGGGUGGGAAGCAGGCAGAUUUGACAGGAAAAUGUGUUGAGAUGCUAAGUGUGGCUCCAGGACCAAGUCACAUCUCUGAGGUCUGGAGCAGUGUGGUUGAUUUUUUCAAACGUUUCCAGUACUGCCUUAGCAGGAGAGGGCUCCCCUGCUGCUUCCAUGGUGUUCAGAAGUGAGGCCCGUGCUGGUCUGUGCACACACAGCGAGUACGUUCCUGUUACACGUCUCCUCUGAGACACUCCUGGCAAACUCUCCCACAGCAAGGCUGUGACGCGCCUCGGGCAGGGCUAGAAACCAGCCCCUGCAGGUCCCUGUGCUCCAGCCAUUGCAUGGCGCUGCCCAUCGUGAGCAUCACCAUGAAACUUUCAGAUUGAGAAAUGGAAGGAAACGAUUGGAAGGUUGCUUCCCUAGGGCAGGGUUUAGAUUAGGAACAGCUGAUGAGAUUGAGGGACUGUUGGUGAAAAACUAGUGGCAGACACUGAGGGGUCAUUUCCCCCUCCACCUUCUUGCAAGCCUGGCACAAAGGCCCUUGGCGCGGGGGUUUUCACAUGCUCAUUUUUCCAACUUCAUAAAAGUUAAAGUGGAGACACACACACAUACACACCCCCCCCCCCCCGGCUGCCAUUGGAUUGGACCGAGAGGAUAAAAACCCAGCCAAACCUACCUUGUGCUGUUUUGUCAAAAUUUAAAAUGAUUUUUGACAUUUCCCAGCCAAAAAUCAAAUGUCCCCCUGCCUUUUUUUUUUAAUAACUAAACCCUAUUUUUGGCAAGAAACUUCUACACGGAUACAUUCUUGACCAGCUCUACACCUGCUCUUCAUUCACCUCCUGCCGAGCCAGAACCAGAGCCUUGUAACCUCACUAGGGGGUGCGCUCCCUCCCAUCAUUCCUCUGUGCCAAAGUCUUUGUUGCAGUAGCUCUGGCUGGUGAAGCAAAACAUGCCCCAGCUCCUGACCCUGAGGGGCAGUCGGUUUUAUGCAAAAGAACUGCUGGAGUCCCCAGGAGCACAGACCUAGCGUGACUGCAAGGUGGGAGAUCUGUCCCAGCAGCGGCUAGCAGUUAGGCACGGAGCAGGGGGAAAGCAAGGACCCUUUGUGCUUUUUUUAUUUAAACUGAUUGCUGGAAAGCAUUUAUUGUGAUGGGAUGAAUAAUGACAAUUGUUUUUUUACAAGAUAAAGAAGCUAAUGUACCACCAAGCUAUUUUUUAUAAGAAAAACGGUAGCACAUGCAAACAAAAAGAGAGAGCAAGAGCGCGAAGUACCAUGUGUGAUUGUUGUUCACAACUGUACAAGUUACAGGUCACCUCAGGAGUUACCGUCUUCUUCACAGUAGUAAAAACUCUACCCUCUGGUUUGCCUGACCUCCCUACCUCCUAUGGGCACGCACAGGUACCUGUCGCAUAGGCCUCAGCAGGCCAGAAUGUGCAACUACGUCCACCUCUGUAACAAGGCUUUAAAAGAAAAUAACCCCUCCACAACCAAAAACCAGUAUCAAUGAGUGAGUCUGCUGUACACACACAGGGGGGGGACCCCUCCCCCCUUCCCACCACACCCCUUCUGCUAUUGUUUGUUUUCUUUACAAGAAAGUCCCUGGCCCUGUUCUCCCCCCCCCCCCCAAAGUCCCAGAGGGGCUGGGGCCAAGGAGAUGCCACCAUAGUCUGUGUCUCUGUGUGCAGCAAAAGCACCGUGGCACGUGGGGGGCAGCACCCCCUGCCCCAGGGAGAGCGCCAAAGCCACCUCUGCCGUACCAUCUGCACUGAAGUAAACAUGGACCGGAACUUGCCUUUUGUCUGUCUUUGGUAUUGGUUUAAAAGUUGCUAGAGAUGCAUAGACACCUGAACAAAGAGCUGAGUACAGUUUUGGGGGCGGGGGGAUUGGUUUGCUCACAGUUCGGGGCUCUCUGCCUUGGUGGGCAGGGUCACCCCCAGCAGUUCUCCAAAGCUGUGUUCCCUCGAAGGCAAACAGAUGAGCAUUCCCAUCUCUGCCCGCUGCUCUCCCUUGGGUUUGGACAAGCAGGAAAGAGGGAGCACGGCCAGAUUUCUCUCAACCCCCUUUUUCCCCCUUGAAUUGCUUUCAAUAAAUCUUUGGAUUUUUUUUCCCUUC